AGUUAAUAAUAAUAAAAUUGUUAAUUUCAGUGCUUUUUAUUACAUUUUUUAAACUAAUACAAAUGACAAAGUUACUUUAGAAGAUAAUUUAAUUAAAAGAUUUUUCCUACAUUUGAAGAUGAAAGACAGAUUACAUGAGCUGCUAAGAUUGCAGCAAGAUCUUCCUCCUGAAUAUAAAGAAACAAAACUAGAUAUGGAAGAAAAAAAAAAAAUAAAUGAUAUACAAAAGAAUAUACUUAGCAUUCAAGAAAAUGUUCAAGAAAUAAAAAAAAAGCACAGCGCAAUCUUAUCUACUUUCCAACCAGAAAAGAGCGUUAAAGAAGAAAUGAAGCAAUUAAUGGAAGAAAUACAACAGAAUGCUAAAAGAAUUAAAGACAAUCUUAAAAAUAUGGAAAAAAGCAUAAAAGAUCAAGAAAGUGCAAACACGGGAAACUUUGCAGAUAUUCGCAAAAAAAAGUGUCAGCAUUUAGCAUUAUCAAGAGAAUUUGUUGAAGCAAUGACUGAAUAUAAUAAUAUACAAAAUGACUACAGAGAUCGCUGUAAAAACAGAAUUAAAAAGCAGUUGCAUAUUGCUGGUUGCACUGUUGAAGAUGAUGAGUUGGAAAAAAUGAUUGAAAGCAGAAAUCCAACUAUUUUUACACAAGGGAUAAUAAUCAAAACACAACAAGUAAAGCAAUCAUCGCAAGAAAUUGAAGCUAGUCAUAAUGAUAUUAUAAAUUUGGAAAACAGUAUAAAGAAAUUGCAUGAAAUGUUCACAGAUAUGGCAUUGUUAGUUCAAAGUCAGGGAGAAAUGAUAGAUAGUAUUGAAGACAAUGUUAAACAAGCUGCAGAAUUUGUUCAAAAAGCCGAAGUGGAUACAAAGAAAGCUGUUAAAUACCAAAGCAAAGCUCGUAGAAAAAAAUUUCUAAUCGCUGUAUGUUGUUUAGUGUUGUUACUUAUAAUUGCUUUAGCACUUUAUUUCAGUCUCAGUUAUGGGUCGGCAAAUGUGAUCAAAAAAAUUUCCAAAACUUGCGAUUUGUUCAUAAAGUUCGGGAGCCGAGCCGGAUAUUUCUUAGGAGCCGGAGCCGAAGCCGAGCCGUAAAAAAAACAGUCAACUCCACAAGCCUGGUGCAAACUCUCCCUUUUUAAAGUAAUUAUAUUCAGAAAAUUAUAAAAAAUACUUUUUAUGUUAGUAAUUUUUUUCUACUAUUUUUACAUCAGAGAGCUUAUGU